AUGUCUACUGGAAAACUAGAAUCAGUGAUCCACAAUUGUGCCAGUUUCUUGGUACCACAACUAACGGCAAUCUCAAAUGAUGUACGAACUACAAUCCUUACAAAACCGUUGGAAUCAACCACAUUUAAUGAUCAACUUUUGACUUUCAAAUGGGAUGAUUCUAUUUCACAAUUUGAAAAAAAUCAAGACAAUAUCAUUAGUUUAGUUUUGAAAAGAAUAAUAAUUGAAAAUUUAUCCACUCCGCUUGAUCAUGAUCAUGUCCCAAAUGAUGAGUUUGAAGGCGAAGGGUAUACAACAGACGAUAUUGUUGAAAGGAAACUCGCUUUAUGUGCAACUAUUUUAGAUUUUUGUUAUCAUUCGAGAAAAAAUAUGAAGAUCAUAUCAUCGUGGUUAUCAAUAUAUUUCGAUUUAUUCACCAUGGUAACAGACUUGUUAACUUGGCCAAAGGAAAUACUGAAAUUCUGGACGUAUGCGAAACUCGCAUUGAUUGAGUUUAAGGCAAACAAUAAUGACGAUAAUGAUUAUAAAGGUCUCUCCAAUUUGAUAAGUUAUAAAGCUCCAUUAUCAGAAAAAUUACGCCAUUGGAAUGAAUUGAUUAAUUUAUUGGAUAGAAAUGAAAAUUUCAAUACCCCGUUACAUUUUAAAAUGAAAUAUAAACUAGAAAAAUUCGUAUCGGAAUUAUUGCCAAUUUAUGAGGAAUCUAACUUUAAUAGAUCGUUAAUCAUUUCUCAAGAUCAAUUGAAAUCGGGUAGUAGUUGGAAUAAAAUCGAUAUAUCGGGGAAAAAUAGAACUUUAAACUCAAGAAAUGAAAUGUUCUUCAAUGAUUAUCUUUACGUGGUGGAAAAUUUAAUUACAAAUCCAUUAGGUACGAUAUUCGCAUCAUAUGAUGAUAAACUGGACCUCGAACAAACAAUGAAUCCCGUAAUAGAUGCAUUGUUUGAUUUGGAAGAUGCAUUUUAUAGAAAGACAAAGACUCAUCAAAAGAAACUAAAACAUCUAGAAAAUAAAUUAAAUUCAAAUUAUCAGGCGGAUUUUAGUCUGACUAAAUCAAAACAACCUCGUUAUAUGGAACUAUCCAAAACAUUAACAGAGGGGAAAGAAAAUUAUUGGAAGGCAUUUAUGGGCAUUCAAUCAACGAAUUCUGAUUUACUUCCUCCUAAUUUGCUCGAAAUAUCCACUACCAAUCCAGAAACAUUAUAUUCCCAAAUGAUGGCGCCAAAUAAUGACUUCUUCAGGAAACAAUUCAUCUUACAAUUAGUCUUUGUUCUUUCAUUUAUGAAAAAAUUAUUACUCUCUGAUGAACUUAAAACAAUAUAUAAGAAUGCGUUCCGUAAGGAUCGUUCUGAUGAUCUCGUUAAAGAAAUUGAUAAAAUUAAAAUAGAUGAUAAAAAAUAUCAAAAAAUUAUACUUUUAAGUGAUCGUAUAAUUAAAACAAGAAUCAUUCAUUUUUAUUCAUUAAGAGAUCCAUCUUUUGAAAAUAUAAUUAUUAAAUUAAUGGAAUCUGAUUUAAAUUAUUUAGAUGCCAAAGCAGACAAUUUCAAAAAUUUCCAAAAAUUUGAAAUCUCUGAUGAAAAAAUACCGAAUGAAUUUACAUUUAACUAUUCCUUUAAAAAAUUUGGGUUUGUUAAAUUGGGUAAUAAAUCAAUCAAUAAUGUUUGGAAGAUAAACUCAGGUUUAGAUAAUGUUAACAUUGAAGGUCAAACUAUCAAUCAUUCCAAUGGAUUAUAUGCAAAUUUAAAAGAAAAAUGGUUUACUGAUAUUACAAAUGGAAAUUCGGAAAAUCAACCAAAGGAUGAAGAUAAUGAAAUUGUUAAACGUUGGCAAAUAUUACGUUCAUUAAGAUCACAAUAUCUUUUUGAAUUUAAUAAAGUUAAUGAAGAUAUUGGAAUAAAGGGAUUAUUUAAUAAAGAUUUAGUGGAUGAAUGGGAUACUAAAACAACCAAACCAAGGUUAUUAUUCAAAGAUGAAAUUUUGAAGGAUCAUCAAGAAAAAUUAAACAUAGCGAGAGAAUAUAUGAAAAAUCAUGAAAAGAAAAAAAGACCAUUGGAGGAAGAUACAACCUUUGAUGAAAAUUCACUUCCCAAGAAAUCGAAACUCGUAAAUCCUUUGACGAAUGAAGAGAAAGGAAGUACCGAUGUUGAAGAAAUUAAGCCCAUUGUUAAUAAAGAAGAAGAAAAAGAAGAAAAUGAAGAAAAUGAAAAUGAGCAAAUUAUUAUAGAAGAAAGUCCAAUAACCGAAAGCAAAGUGACAGAUACCAACAAUGAUGAACCUUCCGAAACGAAACAGGAGGAUGAUAAUAAUAAUAAUAAUAAUAAUGAAGUUAUUGAAAUACCGGAAGAACAAGUGGCGUCUGAUCAUGAAAAUGCUAACGACGUCAUUGAUCUAGAAUAUUAA